CGGCUGGUUGUCAUAUAUUAUUGUAUCGACGGUCCUAAUCAGAAGCGACUCACCCCAAAUACGCCUGCGGAAGAGAUGGACCACCUCUCCAAUACCUCUGGGUGGCCUUUCCACUUCGUUGACAAUAACGAGCGGGAAUACAUGGGUUUAAUACAAAAUCAAAUCCGACCUCUCUUUCCCAAUUUUGCCGCAGCCCUCUCAAGACAAUCGCUCGUUGAACGAGAAAUUGGAAGAUGUGCAGUGGUAGAAUUUAAUGAGGGAUUCAACCAGCGAACCUCUUCGUUCGGAAACUCAGCGGAGCUGCGGCAUUAUCUGUUAGCAACUUCAGUAUCACCAGCAACUGGUUGCCAGAAGCAACCUAAACGGCGCCUCUUCAUAUUGGAGGAUCUCCCGCGUAAUUACAUCUUGACACUUGGCUCACGGCUAAGGAUACCACCCAGCUUCUUCGCUGGCCAUUAUGACGAUCCAGCAUCUUCCACAUUCAAUCAUCGGAACCCAUUCGAACGCCACACGAAAUCGCAAUUCCGUGUCAGAUAUGGAAACUCGCACCGCGCCGAAGUCGAUGUUCCACCACACAAGAGGAGCAGCAUGUACGCCUUCAAUACAAACGUGUGUCGGUAUCUUCAUGCAUACGACCCGAAAGGCCCUCUCUACGACGAAAUGAGGAGUCAUCAUAUCCUUUCAUUUUGGAGCUCUCCGCUCGGAAUGGAUGGGUCUUGGGACGCUGUGCUGCUCGUAGACCCGCCUCUCAGAGGACACGCUAAGUGCUUGCCAUCAAUGCAACUGGCACCGGUUCGACACGAACUUCUAGACGAAAGUUCAAUACCGAAACUCUGCUUGUAUCCUGAGAUGAAUGCUUUGCAAGAACUUCCCGAGGAGGUAUCGGAAUGGGCCAGCGCCUAUGAAUGUCCGCAGUAUAUCUCCAUCUUCGAUGAUGCGGUGAAUGAGUUUGCAUCCAGGAAUCAGGAUGUCUGUGAAAUGGACAAUCCGAUGGCCGUAGUCAAGUUUCCCCGUAAACUCGUUAUCGGGAUAAUGCUGGCUUUCCUACGACGUCGGUAUCUGAACCUUCUCAGAAUCCAAAAGACGCAUGUCAAGCCCAAUCAGACUUUUCGCCAUAACUACCUCAGCAGUUUCUCAGAAGGCGCACUCUCGAGUUGGCACGACGAAUUCUUCGACUUUAUCGUCGGCAGUUGCGCGGCAAUGAAGGAGCUCAUCCGGGAAAUGGAAGAAAACAUGGUCUCACUCGGCCUACCAAUGAAGAAUGAAACCGCCUGGAAUUCAGGCCUCGCGGGAGGGCCGCCACAAUGGGAAAUCGAUGGAUGGAGAUCGGUGCUAGAUCUUGUGCAUGUCCUAGACGGGUUAACGAAUGCGUUGGCAACGGGAUAUCUGCAGUACAUUUCGAUCCAAGAAGCGCGGAUUUCGAAUGGCAACGCACAAACUUUGUCGAAGAUCACAGUUUUGACCAUGCUCUUCAUACCUUUAUCGACAGUUGCGAGUAUCUUUUCAAUGAGUGGCGACUUUCUGCCUGGCAACCCGAAAGCCUGGGUGUUCUGGGUGGUCUCGGUUCCGGUCUUGAUGAUGCUUGCAUAUUUGUAUUGGCGGCAAGAGCUUGUUGAGGCAUUGAUGAGGAAGAGACAGAGCUUGCUUCUACUUCUCGAACGAAGGGAAAGGAAAGCGGAGUUCCCUGCGCCCGACAACGAAAGGUGAAAGGGUAGAGCGGCAGUAGUAAAUCACGACAACAGCUGAUUUCCGGCAGCUGGUUUAGUAUUUGUUGCCGAGACGAGAUCUCCAAUGGUAGCAUAAAUAUGGCAGGUUCUCCGCUAAACCCUCUUAGACGUAAGAGUAUGGGACGGCGUCUGAAGGAAUGGGAAAUAUCCAAUAACUUUCUUG